UCAGCCUCUUCCUAGCCUCGACGAGUCGCUUCGCAUUCGUUCAUUUCAGCGAUGGAUUCGGGUUUUGCAAGAGAGACUGGGGCACUUCUUUUUUUGUUUUGCUGGGGCGAGCGUCGGACCGGAGGAGUUGAAGCAUUGCAUAGCGUGAGAAGAGGCUCUGAGCUUCGCAGGAUUUAGAACAGCAAUUCUAAGUAAAAUGGAUGCGGGAUUCGAAACACCACACUCUGCAGACAUACUUCUCUGGUACUUGUUUAUGUGUAGCUUCCACAUAUAUUCUACCCAAAGCUUCCUGAGGAAAUGAAUGAAGAUGAAGAUCAAAGAUGAUAAGUUUGUGAGGGAAACGGAAGCGGCUGUCACGGAUGGGAAUGGGACUGAAACUGGCCAUAUUGUGGCUAUGAACAUUGGGGUUGGGUCGGGUCAACCCAGACAGGUGGGUAUAAUAUAUCUUAUAUUGGUUUGCACUAUCAUCAAGCACUUGAACUCAUGUUUGGGGCAAUUGAAUAUAAAACUGCAAUCGACAUAUGGUCCGUCGCAUGUGUCCUCAUUCAGCUUCUUCUGGGACAGGUUCUUUACCAUACAUGAAGUUUUGAUUCUCUCAAAUUGUGUUAGUCUAUAUGAUGGUAGCUAUGAUUCUUUGCCUCUUUUCCCCACUACUCUUGUGCCUGUUGCAAAUAUGAUAGCCUCUCUUUCCAGGUACUUGGAACACCAACUCGCGAGGAAAUUAAAUGUAUCAACCCCAAACUAUACUGAAUUCAAGUUUCCACAGAUUAAGGCUCAUCCCUAGCACAAAGUGAGUUCUCUGCUUUAACCUUGUGGACCUUUUGUUCAAGUACUCGGUCCUUUCCUUUGGUAUAAACUUAAAUGCAUAACAUUCAGUCUUUCGUCAAUUAAAAAGAUGAAGUGAUACACGCCGAAACACAGAUAUUCCGCAAGCGCAUGCCCCCUGGAGAAGUCGUCCUUUAACUACCUCCAGAUGCUCUAAUUCUUCUUCUAAGUGUAGCCUGCUAGAUUUGGCUUCACGAACUUCCAUCCGUUUUUUUUCCUUUGUGGCGUUACGUUCUCUUUUCCAUUUUCAACUGAUGAAAACUGCAAAGCCGAAGUUCAAAUUCACAUGUGGACAUGAGUAUAUGGAACCUUGUCCAAGAACAGUUAAUUCUUCUUUCUUUUCACCUGAAAGUCGGGUAUUGAGCAAGUAAGAUGAUUAACUUUUCUCAUCAACAAGUCCUCUUUGGUGUUCUCUUUCUCCUUUUUAUGCUUACCAGAUGAAAUAACUGUUGUGCACGCCGGAAUUCCUAUGGACGCUCAUGACAAUACUUCUAAAGCAAAAAUCCUUUUU